GCUUAUAUAAUCAAAGCAUUUAUUAACACAAUGAUCAGAAAUAAAACACACAAUAUGUAAUCUAACUAAAUGUCUCUAGCUAAUAAAUUAAAAGGGUGUGUGUGAGCUUGAGUGUGCACACCAGAAAGAAUGUGGGUGUUCCUUUGUUUGAUCAUCUUAGUUCCGCGUGCAUGUAUGCACGUUCGUGAACAGACAUGUGAUAUGAACAAAGGACGAGCCUAUGUGCAGCGUUAAGUUUGAGUGUUCCCUUUGCAUGUGUGGCUAUGUUAAGACCAAUGUAUAUGCAAUUUGUGUGAUUACGGUGCCAAGUUAGAAGAGGGAAAUUGUUAGUGAUCCAUGCAAGACACUAUGUUUCUGGGAAGCAAUACUCGCAAUAACCCUUGUAUGGUGUAGCGAAGCCAACUACCAAAAAAACCUGAAUACAUAUAUCCCAACAGUCAUGUUUGUUGAACAAAACAAAUCAAAUACAUCUACAAAUGGCAAAGAUAAAAUAGUUGUAUGCUUAGCCAAGUAGUGAGUAUGCUAAUGUAUCUGUAAAACCCAGUUAUAUUGAAGUUACCAGUCCUUAGGGAAAAGGGGUUGUGCUGGCAGAUCCAAUGGUGAUAAGGCAAAGAGAAGAGGGUCCAUAGAUUAAUGAUCGUCAUAGCUGUGAUGUUGUCGAUGUUGUGCCGUGUAGAUCGGAGGACUCGGCUGCUCUGUUCGUUGAGUUGCAGGUCGUCGCUGCGAUUUCUUGCUUGUCUUGCUUCCCUUGCAGAGUUGGCUAGCAGGUUUUCGGUUAGAUGCUCGCUGUAGACUUGCUUUUUCCUCUUCUUGAUAUGGAAAAAAAUAUGGCAUUUAAUAAAAUACUUAAAAAAAUGUUGAGGUAUGUUUCUCAAAGCCAAUUUUUUUUGCUGUUAAAUGAAAAUUGUUUUGUGUCAUCUGUGAUUUGUUUAUUUGCUAGGUAGUAAAAAAACUGGGUGCACAUUUUCUAAGUGUGGUUUUACCAUAAUUUUUGCCAGGGGUUUUACUUCUAACCUCCUCUUUCUUCUCUGCCCUCAGGAGGUAUUUGGAUUGGUUUAAGACAUUUACAAUCCAGUUAGUGCGAUAAUUAUUCCCAUCCACAUUUAGACCAAAUUUCACCAUUGCUGGACUGGUGCACUGAAGUCUAGGACUCUGCUUGCCUGUGCACUUGUGACCUGGCACUGCAUUUCAUAGGAGUGGUUCAACAGGUCCCCUGGCAAAUGAAGUUCACAUUUGUGAUUGCUGUGGUUGUGAGACUACAGUUGGAAAAAGGUAGAUGUUUAUGGUUUGGCCACUGAAAGGUUCCUCUCAUCUUGGAUGUCCAGACAGCAUGACUCAUGAAGGGAAUACAUGCGGCCAAACUCAGAUUCCUGAUCCAAUGGCUUUGGGAGAACCCCAGGACCCAGAAGAAAACAUGGAGGUUCAGGCUGAUGGCUUUUUGAAGCAAGAGAACAACCAUACUUCUGGAAUAUAUCAGGAGACUACUCAUGAAGACUUUAAGACUGAUUCUGACACAACAGACCUUUUAAAGGACGGUGAUGGUACAGCAUUUACUCCCACAAAGUCUUCUCUUUCAGGUGAAACUGGCCGAGAUUUUGAUGUAGACCAAAAAUUACAGGACCCAAAAGAUGACCCUCAUUUGUUAACACCAGACAUUCCUGAUGGAUACUCGGAUGUUAGUAGCUGCUCGGAACACGACAAUGAAGGGACUUUGAAUUGUGAUGAGAAGGGUUCAACCCAAAUCGCAGAAACCCAGGAGACCCUGAAGAACUGUAGUAAUUUGGAUUGGCAAUCAGACCAAGACAGCGGCAUUGCUAUGAAGCCGGACGUUUGUGAAAGUACAGUGCUCGGUUGUGAGAUAAAAAAAAAGAAAGUGCAACAGGAGGAGAGUUUACAAGAGGAUCAAUACUCGAACAUUAGUAGCCCAGAACUUGAGCGAGAGACAUCCAUUCUUAAGGAGGAAGGACAAGCUCUCAAACAGGAUUUGUGUAUUGCUUCUGAAAGUGUUUCAGAUCAUGUGCUUGAGACUCAAAAUGCUGGGGAUGGUCCACUCAAUGCUGAUAAGGUCCAUGAGAUGAUCACUGAAACCGGCACUACUCCUAGCAAUUUCCAAAAUGUAGAUGGCAAUGUUGACAGGAAUAUGGGCAAACUGACAACUGACAAUGCUGUAAAGCCCACAGAAGAAGUCCUUCAAAAAACAUCUGUCCCCACUCCUGGUCCCCAAGACAAUCCCACAUCACUGUCACCACAAACAGAGACCGUACAAUUGGAUAUUGAUAAUGGUUUCAAAAAGGGAGAGGAUGACUGUCAUGUCAGCAGUGGUCUUGAGAUGGAGCACAGUAGUUUUGAGUUUCUUGAAACUUGCCUGAAAAAGUCAGAAAAUGGCCUAAAGUCCAGCUGUAACCCACUAAGGACCUCUGAGAGUACAGAUUUGUCUGUCUGUGAGGAACCAAACGAAGUCCUACCAGAACAAAGAUGUGCAACACAAGAACCACCUAGACAAAAUGAGCAAGAAGCAGUAGACAGUGUUGCUGACUCGAUGAUGUUGGGUACGUGCAACAGUGAACCACAAGGCAUACUUGAAGCGCAAAAAGAUAACGUUGAAUUGAGUGGAGUUGUAACCGAACAAGAAGGUAACAUAAGGAAGACUGAAUCCAGUUUAAAUGAAAAUGAGAGCCAUCACGUUGUUAAAGUUGUACGACUGAUAGAUUCACAUAACAUGAAGAGGAAGUUGGAUCCUGUUGUGGUAUUAGACUACAAAGAGCAGAAUGAUGACCAGGUUGGGAUUUAUCGUUGUACACAAUGCAGUGGAACUGCAGAUAGUGUAAAUCAUCUUAUUGAACACCAUCAUCUUCAGCACUCCAAGCUCCAUUUCCAGCUAUGUCAGGCCUGUGGGUGCUAUCUUACUAGUUGUCAACUUGCAGAACAUCAUCGUUGUGAACCAAAUGAGAGAGUCUUUCCACAACCAGGGCAGCACUGGAGCAGUGAAGACUCUCAAAAGCUCACAAAGAAGGCAAAUGUGUUGCAUCACUGCAGAUAUUGUCCCCUUAGGUUUAGAAAUUUUGAUUCAUUUCGCAUGCAUGAACGAAAGCAUGUGGCCAAGUCAUUUAGGUGUCAUCGAUGUGGCGAAUAUUAUUCCCAGACUAGCUCCCUGAACAGGCACCUACGAUUAAAUAGAUGUCUCCCGUCGGGAUCUGUUUCUGAGGUAUUGGAGAGGGAAGGGAUACCCCAGCCAAUGAAGAGAAUGAUGAAAACCUCUGUCAAGACUUCACACGGCACACUUCGUGAAUGUUUUGUAAAGCUGGUGGAUGUCUACAGGAGAGAUCCAGUAUCCCUAUCAAACACUUGCAAAAUAUGCAAUAAAAGCUUCAAGCUUCGUGCACAGCACAACGCACACAUGAGGACGCACUCUGAUGAGAAGCCUCACGAGUGUAAAGAUUGCUCCAAGACAUUCAAAUACUCGUGGAACCUUAAUAAACACAGAAGAGAACGGUGUGGUCGGAUUCCUAAAAUGUGCAACGAGGAGCAGUCUGCAGGGAGCCCAUACAAACAAGAACAGGAGCCUGAGGACACCGCACAGGAGACCAGUGCCUCCUCUCUUAGCACAGUGGCCCCCAGAUACAAGUGCCCACUCUGUCCUCGAGUGUUCAAAUAUUCCUACAACCUUUUCCGACAUCUGCGUUUGCAGUGCCUCAAAGAGUACACAAAAGGGGAUGGGAAGGGUAAGACAGCCAGCGGGUUUAAGUGUCCACUUUGUGGUGUUCUUUUCACCCUUGUCUGCAAUCUGGGUAGACAUAUAAAAAAUAUCUGCUUCCCACAGUAUAAAGUCAAAGGAAUCCUCAAGAUGAAGCAAGAAAAAAAGAGUGAUCGUUUGGAGGGAAAAUCGAAACCAAUAGUUUCAGUGAUCCAAAAAUCACCCAACGGCACAUACUUUAAAUGCAAGUUAUGCCCAGCUGUUUAUGCUCAUUACUCUGGAUUAUCCAAACAUUCAAGGAAACAUAGGCUAUUUGCUAAGACUGGAAAGCCAGUUGGAUACAGAACUGCAAAUCCUGAUGAUUUGAAAGUGUCAUCUUAUUCAGAGGAGAGACAAGAAGAAAAGUCUUUUGACACAAAAAAAAGUCAUCGUGUGUCUUGCCGGUUUUGUGGAAAACUUUUUACGGGGUCGCUCUCCUUGAAGAAACACAUGUCUCUGCACAAGGGAGACAAACCAUUCAGCUGCCAGCAAUGUGGUAAAAAAUUCAAAAAGCAUGCUUACUUGAUUGCCCACACCCACGCCCACAAAAGAAAGGUGCAGUGUUCUGUUUGCAAGAAAAUCUUUCCCACCAUCGCUGAUUUGUUACAGCAUAGACAGUCUCAUGAUAACAAAGGAAUGCUGAAGUGUCCUGACUGCUCAAUGGAGUUUAAAUUUCCUGUUUACCUUUUUAGGCACCUGGUGACCCAUGACAAGCAGAAGGAGACAAGUCAAGCCAAGAAGGCUACAUGUAAACCAGUUCAAGAGCCGCCAGAAAAACUCAAGAGCCCCCUAACCAGCAAAGAAGAAUUUAGGUGCUGCGUAUGCCACAAAUCUUUUGUUGAUGCAAAAGGACUGAGCGAUCACUGUUUAAGUCACUUGCCGAAAGAGUCCUCAUUAAAAUGCCCGUUCUGUAAACGCAAUUUUAGCAGUCGCCCUGCCCUUAUUCGCCACAUCCGCCUUCAUACAGGGGAGAAACCUUUUCCUUGUAAAAAAUGUGGCAAGUGCUUCCAGCGACAGGAGCCCCUUACGACGCACAUGGAGCAUUGCAAGGAGAAGGUGGCGGCGGCCAUGAAGAAAUGUGAUAAAAAGGACACCCCAAAGGCAGAGCCAAAAGAAGUAAAACGUGUUUUGCAUAAAGCUAAGAAACAGUUUAAGUGUUCAUAUUGCCCACAAUCCUUUUUAUGGACUAGUAGUCUGACAAAGCACUUGAAUGGACACAAGUUAAAGCUACUUGCCCCUUGCUCCAAAUGUGGGAGAUGCUACUGGAAGACAAUACUAGACUCUCAUGAAAAGACAUGCAGUGGAAAGGACUCCAACACAGUUCUUUUGUUUCCAUGUAAGAAUUGUGGUAAAACUUUCAGUCGGGCUGACAAUAGAAAUGUCCAUGAGAGAAAAUGUGACGACACUGCCCUGCCAACAAAUCUUGAAAUUAAAAAGAGCUCACAAAAUACUGGGACAGUUCCGAAAGGCCUGCCGUUCAAAUGUCCUCACUGUCCAAAGUCUUUCAAAUACAGAAGUUAUUUGCUGAAACAUCUUCCUUCACAUUUGGCAGAAAAACCAUACGCAUGCAUGCAUUGUGGUCAUAAAUACGCGAGUCAAAGGCGAUAUCUUCAGCAUGAAGCUUUCUGUGAUGGAAUUUUUAGAAGGAAAUCGGCAUCACUUCUGAAAGUUUUGAAAACGGAACCAACUCCUCAAGAUGGAAUGGCCAAAAUGGAAACCGAUGGUCAGUACCCAUGCAAAUUCUGUAAUAAGAACUUUUCCAAAGCCAGGAACCUCAGACGUCACAUCCUAACCCACACAGAUGUGAAACCUUACCGCUGUAAGGUAUGUGACAGUGGUUUUUCCAGACACGAUCAUCUUAAAGUACAUCAAAAUCGAUGCAAAGGGAGCAAGCAAAAGCUUGAAGUUCGUGUUGCCAAGAUAAGUCCUAAGCUUGUCGGGACUGGCUGGCAAAAUUCUUUACAAAUAAAACAAGAGGAAACUUUCCAGUGCAACACCUGCUCAAAGCAGUUCUCUAGUCAAAAAAAUGUGGCCCGUCAUACUUCCCUGGUGCAUACUUCAAACAAACCUUUCAGUUGUAAACGCUGUGGAUCAUCAUUUUCUAGUCUGCCAGCUCUGAAGAAACACACUUUGGUGGUGAAGUGCAAAAGGCCCCCACCAAGUCCCAAAGUUACUGAACAGCAGUGUAGGGAGACCGCAAAACUUCUGCAGAGAAUACGAGGGCAUUAUUCAGAUAAAUUUAAGUUUCAGUGUGCCUACUGCCCCCGUCGCUUCAAGGAUCGAGGGCAAGUACAGGUGCACACCCGUCUUCACACUGGAGAGAGGCCCUAUGGUUGUGAAAACUGUGGUGAGCGAUUUAUCCGCCGUGACUAUUUGCAGCGACACUUGGUCAAAUGUACCUCGAAAGGAGAAGCCACUGAAAGAGCGCUCUGUGACAGAUGUGGCCAGUUGUUCCCACAAGAAGCUCUUCAAAGCCACAAAUCAAAUUGUGUUGCCAAUGACGAAGAACUCAAAAAUAAGAUACAGGCAAAAUUCAGCCCCCCUACAAAAGCUAGGACGUUCUCCUGUACAAACUGUAGCGAAACAUUUUUGUUGUUCUCGCAACUGCAGCAACAUUUUCUCAGUAAACAUAGAGAAGAUACGUCACAGAAACCAUAUGAUGUGUCUAAAGAUGUGUCCAUAAAAAAAGAGACUUUUGUUGAAGAAUACGAUGAGGCAGGCCCGGUACAGAAUGAUGUGGAUAGCCAGAUUGAUGACAAAAAGCCAUAUCCUUGUCCACACUGCCCCAUGCGAUUUGUUAACAACAGUGGAUUGGGCAUGCACAUCCGCAUACAUACAGCAGAAUACCCUCACUCUUGUCGAAAGUGCAACAAAGGUUUCUGGAAUAAGAAAAUUCAACAAAGGCAUCUGAGAAAGUGUGUAGGCAAAACUGCCACGGAUCAAAACAGUCUUAGCCCAGUAACUAACAUAUCUAAAGAACCAGUGUCUAAAGAAAAAAGUGCUGUCCUGGUCUUUAACAAAGGUUCAAAUACAACAGGAACAGGAGUUCUGCAGACCAAAUUUUCCUGCAAGGAUGGUAACAAGAAGUUACUGAGAAACUUAGAGCAGAGUACAGGUCAUGAUGAUCUCUCAGACAAGGCAAAUAUGGCUGCAAACAAGUACCAGUGUUCCGAAUGUGAUCAGAGCUUCACAGAUGGAUUAAUGCUUAUCAGUCAUUUGGAGAACCAUGGUCGAGAAGAUCUUAUUAAAGGGAAAAAACUACCCUGCAAUAUUUGUUACAAGGAUUUUGAUAAAGCAGGUGCGCUUUCACGACACAUGAGUAUCCAACAUGGCAUAAAAAGCUCUCAUACUUGUGAAAUCUGCUUAAAAUCCUUCCGUUUUCCGUCUGAUGUGGAUAUUCAUAAGUCGUGCCAUGAUCCCAAUCGACCUUUCUGCUGCUCUAGUUGUGACUUAAGAUUCUGGUCUCAAAAGUCCUUAAAUCAACAUGUUACAAUGUCCCAUCACAAGGAUGAAAGUUACACCUGCCACUCCUGCAACAAGACUUACUUAACCAAACAGUCAUAUGUUAGGCAUAAUAGGCUAAAGCAUUCUAAAGGGCUUGGAACAAAUUCUGAUCAUGACAAAGGAGAUGGCUCCUCAGUAGAUCAAUUUGACAUUGAAGUUAAUAUUGAUGAAGAGAGUGAUGUUAGUGAUGUCAGUGAUGUCAAGGAUGAAAAUGAUGCAAGUGAAGACGACUCAGACUCUGCUCCAUAUUUUCCUUGUCAUGUAUGUGGCAAAACUUUCUCCACCUCAGAGAGUCUUGAGGAUCAUCAACGUUGCCACCUGGGCGAGAAACCGCACGAAUGUGAAGAAUGUGGGAAAUGCUUUUUCCAGCUUGUUAACCUGCAACAACAUCAGCGAAGCCACAAAUCAGAAUUUCAGUGUCAGACUUGUGGAAGAGGCUUUGUCUCCCUCUUUGCCCUAAGAAAGCACAAACACUCACACGGCAAGAACCGUCCUCAUCGUUGCUCAAAGUGCCAUCUGAGCUUCACAGGACCCUCUCAACUUGCCGAGCACAUGGCCACUCAUCGUGAAGAGAAUUUUCCCUGCGAUCUCUGUGACCACACUUUCUCGUGUAAAAUAAGUCGAGCAGAACACCGCAGAAUUCACAGCGAACAGGAAGAAGAGCUCCCUUCAUUGAUUCCACCGUCAAAUACGCCUCCUUUGACGUCCUCCUCUUCUGGACCUGGCAGUGGGGAGCAGAUGGGUGCCUUUAAGUAUCGCUGUGGGGUUUGCAAUAUGCGAUUUCGAGAUCCAGAACAACUCUCUGAACAUGGCUGUAAAGCUACGAAGGAGCGUCCAUAUGCGUGCCCAUGUGACAAGCACUUCCUGCAUGGCACCCAUCUAAAGAAGCAUCAGCUUAGCCACCAGCUGUCAGGUCCAUACCGCUAUCAGUGCAAUCAGUGCCACAUGAAUUUCAUCUAUCGUCAUCACUUCCUGAGCCAUUUAAAACGUCAUGGGAAUGAGAAGGAAUCAGCAGAUGCAGCUGGUGGCGGAGACGAAUUACUAGCAGAAAGCGGUAAUCCUGACAAUAUAUACCAAUGUCCCAUCUGCCCCCAAAGUUAUUCGCAGGCCAUGGAGUUGGCUGAUCAUCUUACCAUACAUUCCUUCUUGUGCAAAGUUUGCAAUGUGACUUUUCCAACAAAAACGCAACUGACAGACCAUGAGCAGUCUCACUUCACUGCAACAACCCAGUAUGAGUGUACAGAAUGUGGGGAAAGUUUUCUGGGCAGUGAUGCUUUCAGGCAGCACCAGUGUGCACAGCGUCAACGUUCACAUACCGAAAACGGGCCAGCGCCACGGUUGUCAUCCCCCACAUCACUUAAGCAGUCCUCGAGGUCUUCAAGGGCUGAUGAGGAGGAGGAUGAAGAGGAGGUUGAUGUGGGAGAGGACUUCUACAAUUGUCCAGUCUGCAAAAAACGCUUCUCCUCGCAAGCGGAUCUUGGCGAGCAUCAAAGGAUACAUUUAGAAUGCCGUCCCUACAAAUGUCGAGUUUGUGACAAGGGCUUCGCAAAGAGGCGCUACCUCAACAAGCAUCAGCUUAUACACGAGAGGCCGUUUCGCUGUGAUGAUUGCCCACAGUCUUUUGUCACUAAAAGUUCCCUUUUGGCUCAUCAACGAAUUCAUGUAAAUCGUGAGUUCCAGUGCUCUGUCUGUCAGAAGUGCUACACCACAGCUCAGGAACUUUUACGACAUGAGAAGAAGCAUGCUGAAAAGCAAGACAAAAAGACUGGGGGGGCUCAUCGCUGUGACAUGUGUUAUAAGUCCUUUGGCCAUCUUUCACUCCUGAAGAAGCAUCAAGAGUCUCAUGUGGGUGAGGUUGUGUAUGAAUGUACAGAAUGUGACAAGGCGUUUGCCGCCUACCACCUUCUAGAAGAGCACCGACGCACUCACAUAGCUGCGGCUUCUUCUACCGAUUACGCUCUUUAAAAUCCACACACUGACCUAAAAAAGAUUCCGCACUGUAAAAACUAAAUUCACCCAACAUCUUUUUAACAGAUAUAACUGUGUCUUCAGUGCGUUUUUGAUGGCAGAUUUUAGCCUACUUGACCAACUUUCAUGGGAUGUUAAGGUGGAUCUAUUCAGAGCUGAGAUGUUUGUAUUCUGUAUAGUCUUGUACAUAUUCAGUGGUGUUGCUAACCAUAAAAGUAGCUAGCCAGCAAUUACCACACAUGUUCAUUCAUUACUUACUGUAUAUAAAAAAUGUCUUGAUUUGUUUUUUUUAUUUUUUUAUUUGGUUUGUUCAGUUUCGCAGUGAAGAUUCGGAUAUCGAAUAACUUUUUAAAAUGUAGAGUACAUUUUAUAUGCCUUGAAGUUAUCCACCUUACAAACACGUAACGUGUUCAUCCUUUGUUCUUAGUCUCAAUUGUGGGUUUCAUCAACUGAUUUUUGUUUACUGUAGUCCGUUUACUGUAUUAUCCUUCCCUUGUUCAUUACAAGAUGGCAAAUAAGAGAUGUUAACACUUCAGUGUUAUUUGAGAUGUAUGAACUUUGAGAUUACAUUCUGUUCAUUUAGAUUUUCUUUUAUUCUCUCGAGAAUGUUUUGAAAUGUUGCCUUUUGAUUCAGAGAUGUUAAAGCUGUUAAGCACUUGCAUAUUUAAUAUGAUCAUGGAAAAAAAAUAUUUUAGGAUGGAGACAUUUCAUGACUACAUUUGUAUUCCGAAUAGGCUUCUGUUAGCCUGAUGUUUUUGUUCUUUUGUAUGACAUGAAUAUUGGUUUGAGGUCAGUUGGAAAAUAAAACGGAUAUCGUUCA